AUGACUCACACUGGUCCCUGGGAGCUCAGUUACUGCUCUAUCUACUGUGCUCUCUCUAUCAGACCCAGACCUAGCCCCAGCCACAGCACCAGUCCAAGCUCCAGCCCCAGCCCAAGCUCCAGCCCCAGUCCAAGCUCCAGCCUCAAUCCAAGCUCCAGCCCCAGUCCAAGCUCCAGCCUCAGUCCAAGCUCCAGCCUCAAUCCAAGCCCCAGUCCAAGCUCCAGCCCCAGUCCAAGCACCAGUCCAAGCUCCAGCCCCAGCCCAAGCUCCAGCCCCAGUCCAAGCUCCAGCCUCAAUCCAAGCCCCAGUCCAAGCUCCAGCCCCAGUCCAAGCCCCAGUCCAAGCUCCAGCCCCAGCCCAAGCUCCAGCCCCAGUCCAAGCUCCAGCCUUAAUCCAAGCCCCAGUCCAAGCUCCAGCCCCAGUCCAAGCUCCAGCCUCAAUCCAAGCUCCAGCCUCAAUCCAAGCUCCAGCCCCAGCCCCAGUCCAAGCUCCAGCCCCAGUCCAAGCUCCAGCCCCAGUCCAAGCUCCAGCCAGUCCAAGCUCCAAGCUCCAGCCCCAGCCCCAGUCCAAGCUCCAGCCCCACCCCAGUCCAAGCUCCAGCCCCAGUCCAAGCUCCAGCCCCAGCCCCAGUCCAAGCUCCAGCCCCAGUCCAAGCUCCAGCCCCAGUCCAAGCUCCAUAGCCCCAGUCCAAGCUCCAGCCCCAGUCCAAGCUCCAGCCCCAGCCCCAGUCCAAGCUCCAGCCCCAGUCCAAGCUCCAGCCCCAGUCCAAGCUCCAUAGCCCCAGUCCAAGCUCCAGCCCCACCCCAGUCCAAGCUCCAGCCCCAGUCCAAGCUCCAGCCCCAGUCCAAGCUCCAGCCCCAGUCCAAGCUCCAGCCCCAGUCCAAGCUCCAUAGCCCCAGUCCAAGCUCCAGCCCCAGUCCAAGCUCCAGCCCCAGCCCCAGUCCAAGCUCCAGCCCCAGUCCAAGCUCCAUAGCCCCAGUCCAAGCUCCAGCCCCAGUCCAAGCUCCAGCCCCAGCCCCAGUCCAAGCUCCAGCCCCAGUCCAAGCUCCAUAG